AAAGAUCAAUUCGUUUUCGUGUUAUCACCAUCGACAUAACCUCGAAUUUCAACUAUUGAUGCAUUUAUGGUCAAAACUCUAAACCAAUUAUGAAAACAAUACUGUUAGUAUAUCACUCGCUGGUUGUUAACAGCACGUUACGUUUCUCAGGUUGUAGUAUUGUUUCCUAAAAAUGUGAACACCUCUUGAAAAGUGGACAUAAAUUCUAUCACUGUUUGCCACAUAGACGUGAGAUAUGAACAACAAAAGGAAUAUCAUCAAGUUAGCACUGAAUAGCAGGAUACUUUUGAUAGUUAUUCAGUAUUUUAGCAACAUUGUACUGCCUGAUCACAAUGCAGAUGCUUUUCGAUAUGUAAAAACUAAAAAUACAGAAGAAAAUUUCCUGGAUACAGCUGUACAGUACACUUUAGGAGGAUUCGUGCGAUGGGAUGCCCACUAUUUCAUGCAAAUUGCAAAACACGGAUACGUUUAUGAGAACAGUUUGGCUUUCUUUCCAUUGCUUCCAAUCACCGUUAGAGUUAUCGGUUAUGGGGUACACUAUUUUCUUCCAUUCUUAAGCAUAGACAGUGUGCUAUUACUAGUUUUCAUCUACCUCAAUAUUGGUGUGUUUGUGCUCUCUGCCAUUACUCUGUAUAAAAUUACCGUGUUAGUUUUUGAUGAGACGGUGGCAUUUAAAACAGUAGUGCUCUUUUGUUUCAACCCAGCAUCGGUCUUUUUCAUCGCCCCAUACACCGAAUGUCUAUUUAGCUAUCUCACGUUCCAGUCGAUACUAGGUUGUUUGUUGCUGAUGAAAAAGUACUCUGCCAAAGACAGUAGGUUUCACUACAGCGACACUUUCUGCUUGAUUCCCAUUAGUCUCAGCACCGUCGUACGUUCCAACGGAAUCUUGAAUAUUUGCUUUUUUACCUAUACUUGGGUGUGCAUUUUCAGAAAAUACGUUCCGCGUACAAACAUUGUUCAGAAACUUAGAUACUUGUUAAACCAAUCCCUUGCGAUUGGCGUUUCUUCAGCUAUUUGCCUGCUGUUGUUCGUCCUGUUUCAAAUAUAUUGUUUUGAUGCUUUCUGCACUGAUUACCGAGCCGAUUUGCCACAGGAAGUCAUCGAUAAAGCUGUGAAAUACAAGUUCGUGCUGCCAGGUGAGGUGUCAAAGCACCGCCAGAGCUGGUGCUUCCAGUACCCGCCUUUAGCCUACUCGUAUGUGCAGGACCAUUACUGGAAGGUGGGAUUUCUGAGAUAUUACGAACUGAAGCAGCUACCAAACUUUUUUUUGGCAGCUCCAAUACUCUACAUUGUCAUCAAAAACUGUGCAGCGCAUGUGAGAAAUGUUAUGACUAGAAAUAUUGCGAACUUAUUCAGCCUCGAUGAAAUAUUUGUAAGGAUGGAUUUCGAAAAGAAAAUUCUUCACAGAGGGCUGAAUGUUUUUGUUGUACACGCUCUGUUUCUGUCCUUGUUCUCGCUGCUGUUCAUCCAUGUCCAAGUAGCAACGAGGAUGCUGUGUUCAGCUUCUCCGAUCUUUUACUGGUACUGCGUCAAGUAUUUGAAAGACCACCAAAGGAUCAUCAAGAUAUAUUUCGCUGGCUAUUUCAUACUCGGCACUAUUUUUUUCUGUAACUUUUUACCUUGGACGUAAUCAGAAAAUUAAAUAGUUAAGAGCAA